AUGAAGGUCUCUCCUAUUCUCGCUACUGGAGCGCUCGUCGUCUCCGCCAUUGCCCAGGGCGGCAGCCACGUCUCUGGCCACUACGUCGAAGCACCUCGCUGCAACGGCCCUGACUGUGACGCCGCCAUGGCCAAGAGAGCCGACGGCCAGCCGGGAGCCCCCGGCAGCGCUGGAGGCGAUGGCACUCCUGGAGCUCCCGGCAGCGCUGGAGGCAGUGGCACUCCUGGAGCUCCCGGAGCCAGCGGCGGUCAAGGCGGUGCUGCCAACACAGGCACGGCCACCUCUGCUGCCACCAGCACUUCCGUCACCCCCAAGGCCGGAGCCAACGGCGCUAACGGCAGCCCGGGAAACACCGGAGGCGCGGGGGCCGCCGCCACCAAGGCAAGCACUGCUGCCUCGACGACCAGCGCUUCCGCCACCGCCAAGCCCGGAGCCAACGGAGCCAACGGAGCCAACGGAUCCAGCGGCAGUAAAGGAGCCAACGGGGGUGCAGGAAGUGCUACCAAGUCAGGAACCAGUGCCUCGGCUCGCAGUACUUCCCAGACGUCUGGUGCUGAUAUCAAGACCAUCAGCGUUGCUGCUAUAGCUCUUGCUGGAUUCGCCGCUCUCAUGGCGUAA